UUACCUCUCAUAAUUUGAAACCGGCAUGCAAGAAGCCGGCAUGGGCCAAGUAGGAGUUGUUUUGUUGAUCAUCUUCUUAGUCUCAACCUGUCGUUCUGCAGACGACGACGAUGGGCUCUCGGAAGGUUUCUGCAACCUCGGUGACCCAAGUUGUGCUGACAAGUACACACGAAAUCUGCAGUCAGAGCCGGCCAAGGACAGCAGGUGGGACAAGUACCUUCGACUGAUCGACGCAGCGGUCGAGGCGUACAGACCGUGCGAGGUCACGGAAAACUGCUCAAGUUGCCAUCUGGACGUGAUUAAAGCCGACCUGGCGCCCUUCAACCAUGGGAUCACUAAGCAAAUGCUUGACGAAGUCGCCUCAAAAGGCACCGUAUACCAAAUAAUCGGACACAAGGUGUACCGACAGAAGGAGUGUAUGUUCCCAGGGCGUUGCGCCGGAAUCGAGCAUUUUCUUAAAAAGGUGGCUAAAAAGGUGGCAGACGUAGAGCUGGUGGUGAAUACUCGAGACUGGCCACAGCUCAGCAAGCACUUUUCCAGCACGCCUUUGCCCGUCUUUUCCUUCAGCAAGACCAAGGAUUACUGGGAUCUCGAGUACCCUGCGUGGGCUUUCUGGGAGGGUGGCCCGGCCAUUGGGUUGUAUCCAAGGGGCCUCGGCAAGUGGGGAGAGCACCGCCGCUCCCUCCAAAGAGCCGCCGAGCAGUGGCCCUGGGACAAAAAGCACAAACGGGCCUUCUUUAGAGGCUCGAGGACCAGUGCCGAGAGGGACCCCCUCAUCCUUCUCUCCAGGGCCAGACCUGAGCUUGUCGAUGCCAGGUACACCAAGAACCAGGCCUGGAAGUCUCCGUCGGACACGCUGAUGGCUGAGCCUGCUGAGGAGGUGUCCUUAGAGGAACACUGCAAGUUCAGGUUUCUGUUCAACUUCAGGGGCGUGGCUGCCUCCUUCCGCUUCAAGCACCUCUUCCUGUGUGGCUCGCUCGUCUUCCACGUGGGCCAUGAGUGGACUGAGUUCUUUUACCACCAGAUGCAGCCUUGGGUUCACUACAUUCCAGUCGAAUCCUCUGCCUCGCAGGACCAAAUCAGAGAACUAAUUGAAUUUGCGAUGGAGAACGAUGAUGUGGUUUGGGAAAUUGCUGAGCGUGGCAGAUACUUUGUAGAGAGCCACUUAAGGGUCAAGGACGUCUCCUGCUACUGGAGCCACCUUCUUCGAAGCUAUUCUAAGUUGAUCAGGUACAAGCCUCAACUCAACCCUGACCUGAUUUUGAUAGCCUAACAUCCCUGUUUGUGAUUCUCUGAUCUCCUUUUUGUAAUGAAAACAUUAUUCUUAUUUAGAAAUUAAAAUUAUUAUAUGUUUACAUAAUGAAAAAUGCUUGUUUUAACACAAUUUAUAAUAUUUUGGAAAAAACAAAUUUAAUUGCUAAAUGUAAGAAACGAAAUAUUAGAGGUGCCAUAAAAGU